GUAAUUCGUCGUGGAAACACCUGAUCGUGCGAUCACCUCUUUCUCACAUCGCACGAUCGCUCUUUUGAAAUAAAAAGUGAAGUUUAUAGUAGCAACGAAAGUGUAAUCUCAGUUGAGUGGCUCGUUGGAGUGUUGUUCAUCUUUAUAAAAUGUUGGAAAGUGUUGAAUAUUUUCACUGAAUGAUUGGUGGUACUGAAUAAUGUUGAAUAUUGCUAAAAAUCGAUCGGAUUGGAGGAGUUUAGCAUAAAUUUUGAAGGAAGAAGAGUCACACAGUGCUAAAUUUGAAUAUUUUCUCUCUAAAUACCAACCAUCUAAUGGGCAUGAUGCGAUAAGGUGGGCUUUCUACAAUUUCCUGGAAAGCACAAGAUGCAUUGCGAACAAUUAGUGCAUACUGCAUGAAAAUCACUCUACCAGACUGUGUAUAAUUGAGAUCACACUGCAGUGCAACGUGUGUGUGCUCAGUGUUGCGAAAGUUAAGUGAAUUUUAGAGGAAAAAGAUCGUGAGGCAUCUUUUUGGGAAGUGCGACACCCAAUCGUCAUGGCUCUGGCGAAUUUUUCUCUUCCUUUUGGCGCUGUCAAUCAACCGUGGGUGGGAAAUUUAAACCCACUGCAGCCGCCACCGCAGCACAUUUCGGCCGUGAACAAUUUGCUGUACGGCCCGGCGGGGCACCAGGAGAAUGACGUCCCGGUGCCGGAGAGCGAGGCUGAGCAAGAGGCCUUCUUCAAGAACAGCCCCUACGCUCCGCCGCGCAAUUCACAGUACCGCACGCGCAACAACUAUCUGCCACCCCCACCAAUCAGCCCGCAGCCACCCGUGGCGCAGAACGCAUAUCCCUCGCCCUCCCACGCGCCGCGCACCUAUCAGCCGUCCACGAGAACGUACGGCGAGGGCCUCUACGCCAUGCCGUCGCCGCCGCCGCCGUCCAGCAACACGCAGCAGUUCUUCAACAAUGCGAAUCCGCAGAACAACUACGACAACGGUCAGCCAUACUCAGCGGCACCCACGCAGCCGCCAGGCGCGCCGCGAAACGUGCCGCAAGCGCAGAAGACUCAUCAGCCAUCGCCAUCCGGCGGAUACCCGCAGCGGCCGCCAGGCUACACCAAGGUGAGCGCCGGGCAGGGAUCGCACACGCAAGUGCACGCGGUGCUCGACUACGACGAGGAGGAGAGCGACGACUUCUACGGCGACCGCGGCGAGAGCAGUCCGGACUCUCAGCGUAAGCCCCAACAGGUGCCAGGUGGAAAAAUGCCGACUGUGACACCAAUUCAAGGGCCUAUCUUUAUUAAAAAUGGAUCUGUUCCUGUUGUUCCUCUUUUCUCAUAUCCAACUGUAAAUAAUGGUUCUUUGGUUCAAAUUCCGAUUUUGUGGACUGCGCUCUCCGUGGCACUUGGCAUUGACAUCCGUGGGGAGAUUAUCAGAGGAAUACCGUGCAUCAAGAGGAAUUACCAACUGUUCUGUCCCUCGGCUGGCAAUACGUAUCCAUCGGAUCGCAUUGAGACUUUCAUCGAUGAGAAUAAGGCGCUGAUGAGGCGGAUGUACGGAGAUUUCCAAAUGUCCUCCAAUUACGGGCCGCCGUUGCAGCGACUCAGGAAGAAAAAGCGCAGCACGGAAUCCGGAGCGGAAGACGACGACUGGGAAUGGGGCGAAAUGCCCGGCGUGCCGGAUAUGAUAGGGCCACCGGACGCCAGUUCAGAUCCCGUCCAUGAUGCCGGCCACAGUGGUGAUUCGUACUUCAAGAAGUGGCGCAGCAAAAGGCAGAGCCAACGCCAGACUCCCAUGGGGAAUCGAAGUACCGCAAAUCCGGGUAACCAAAGAAUCACCAAUCCCGGACCGACGAAUGCGAACGACAGCAGUGGACGGCUCGAUAUUUGCGAAUCGAAAGUGGAAAUUGUGGCGCCGUACUGGGCUUCCAAUUCAGCCGGAAAAAUUCGUGCCAUUGUUAAUACACAGCAUUUCGAGCAAGCCAUUCAUCAAGAAGUCUGCACGAAACCACAAACUACACGCUGCGGAGGAGAUUGUGGAUGUGAGCAAAAGUACAAAUGGCACAGACUACUGGCCUACGAUCCAGACAAUGAUUGCAAAGGGAUCUUCAUGGAUUGGUUCCUCUUCCCAUCAUGCUGUGUCUGCCGCUGCAGUCCGUAGUUCAAUCCAACACCACCUAAUUUCUCCUCUCCUUCCUCAAACGCAUCUAACGAAUGUUCUAUUUUGUGUAAAGCGCUAGAAUUAACAUCUUUUUAUACUUCCCUCUUUAGCUUAUUGAUUUACUAUGUAUUUGUUUUUUUGUACUUGAUUUCCUUUCUUAGUUCUUUUUUUCUCAUGUAAAUCAGGCAAGAAAAUGCGUUGUAUUUUACUAUUUUAGUUAAUGAAGCAAAGAAUAUGGAUUAAUUGUAAGGAGAUUAGACAAUUACGAUGAAAUUUGUUAUCAGGAGUAACAUGAUAAUAUUUAUUAUCGCACAUCUCAUUUUAUCAUAUCAUACACGUUGUAAUGUAGUCUGUUCAGAGUUGCUAAGUGUAUCGUAUUUAGGUGUAGAUAAGUUAGAUGUUUCGAAAAUUAUCUCUCAUAGAAAUUUCCAAUUUAUGAUUUAUGGCUAAAAAAAUUGAGAUCACUCUUAGAGAUAUUUACAAAAAUGACAAUGUAGGAUUUUGUGGCGAUACGUUAAACAGAAAAACUUGUAAGUUUACGAUCAAAGUCAAAGUUGACACUCUUAGUUUAGAAGGAGUCAUUGAUCAUUGACGGUUGGAGCGUCGAAUGAUGGUGAAAACGCGCCUGACGUUAGAGGAAACACAAAGAGCGCCAACAUUCUGAUUCAUUUCUUUAUUAUGACAUCAAUGAGUGAUUUAACAUGAUUCGUCGUUUUUUUCUAUUAAGACUUGAAUAUCUAUGAAUAUCAAUAAACGUAUGAUUAUUAUUGU